GGUGGGUACUUGUCUAAGCAAAGAGAAGCGAGCGGAGUACAGAGCUGGGCUGAGGGGAGCGAGGGAGAGGGCAGACGUGGGCAGAGUAUACCGGAGAAAAGAGGGCUUUCUAGGUGCACGUUAAAUAGUAUGGUCAUAGCACAAGCAAGAUAAACUCAAGGGUGAUCGUGUAAGAUCCGUGCAGGCAGGGGAAAUGUCAGAGGUGCGUGGCACGGAGCCCAGUCCUGCAGCCGGAGCCAGGGUUUUCUUCCAGACUCCAGCACUGGCAGCCCCCGGCUCCCGAGAAGAAUCCCCGCAGAAGGUAUUGGUGACAGCGUCUCCGCACAAGCAGCAGCAGCCCCCACCUCCACCACCACCGAGGAGGCAGCACCAAGGCAAAGUGACAGUGAAAUACGAUAGGAAAGAGCUGAGGAAGCGGCUGGUGCUGGAGGAAUGGAUAGUGGAGCAGCUCAGUGAGCUAUACGGCUGCGAGGAAGAGGAGAUGCCAGAAGUGGAAAUAGACAUUGAUGAUCUACUAGAAGCAUCUAGUGAGGAAGAAAGAAUUCUUAAAUUACAGGAAUCAUUAGUAGACUGCUACAAACCAACAGAGGAAUUUAUCAAUCAACUUUUAUCUCGGAUAAGAGGAAUGAGAAAACUGAGCCCCCCUCAAAGGAAGGAUAUAUAAAGCCUCACCAUGCCUGUCCAGGUCUCAAGAUAAACAGCAGGGCAUCGAAAUCUCAAGAUCUUUUAGGGAAACAUAUAUUCUCUUUCUCAAGAACUCUUUAUAUUGCUGUUUAAUGGGGGGAUGUAUUGCAAUGUAGUUGCACAGAGAAAAUCUGUUUCAUUAGUAUUGUGGUAGCUAAUAAAGUUAUUCAGCGGGGCUUUGUCGAGCCACUGGUGAUGUAACAAUGUAAUCUAAAAGAGACAUUGCGGCCGAAAUAAAACUUGCCUUUCAAAUAGGCGAUGAAAUUCACAGAUGUAUAUGUAGCAGAGAGUACUAUCAAUGAUGGGGCCAGCUAGUUGCCGGAAAAAUAAUUUGGGCAAUAUUUUAGUGUUUUUUUGUUUUUAUUUUGCUUGAGGCAGGGAAAUAAGGAAGCCAUUAGUCUAAGGGCACAUGACAGUCAUUGUCCUUGUGCUUCUCACUUCCAGGUUACUCUGCUCUGUGGAGAAGUACAACAAUUCUCCCAGAAUUCUGAAAAAAUGCCAAUGGAACAGACGCACUUUCUUUGCUUUUCUAAAGUUGUAUUUUAGUGUUCAUGCCCCUUUUAGAUAUCAAUACAAAAAAAUAAAAGUCAAAUGCCUUGCAUUACUUUUCAGGAGUUUGAGGGGCUUGAGCCAUCACAUCCUUCUCCGUUAAUUCAAUGACUUAGACUAGUUUUGUAUGUUCAUUACUAUUGUCUGAAAUGUUGUGUAGGAUAGUAAUUUAUUACUCUUCAGCUUGGAAAGUACAAAGAGCUGAACAUCUGGAAAACAUUCUUGCUGUGUUUCUUUUCAACUUGAUUUGUACAAUUCUCUAUAUGUUUUUCUCUGGGUUUGUAAAGCCUAUAUCUUGCCAAUGGUUCUCUCUGAAGCCCCAAAAACAUGAUCUUUUUUUUUUUUUUAAAUGUUUAUCAAGACCUAGUAUAAUCCAAUGAAGCAAUCUCGUUACUUGGUUUUUUGUCUUCUGUUAGUUUUUUACAUUUAUUUUUAGGAAGUUAUUUUAGGAGAUAAAUAGUACCUUUAUUUAAAAUAAAAGAUGUUUUUGGAGAAAUAUAAAUUGGAAUAUGUUACUGCAGCUCACCUUUUUAUUUAUAAACCCAGCCCUAUGCAAAAACCAUGUGAAGUGCAUUAGAAUAAGCACUUUAUUUUAUAAGGGUAUCCUGCGUGAAUAUGAACACCCAAAAACUUUUGAGUGUGGUUCUAAUGGAAAGAAUUGCUUAAACCGCCACCGGGUAAUAUGAUUUAUUGAUGGGUUUUUUUUUAAAUUAAUGCUGCAUAACCUCUUUGGGUGCAGCAGAUAAAUACUACACAUAAGCUACACAGCUAAGUCACUUUAAAAAUACUUGUGGACAUUUUACUAGAAUGCCAAAGAACAUUCAUUCCCCUAUGCUCUGCCAAACUACAAUUAGAGAGAGAGGGAGAAGCACUUGAAAAGCCUGCAGAGGAUACUCACAUAGUAUAUAGUCAGGAAAAAUUCAACCUGUACCUGACCCUAACCCACAAUACCUUAAUCUGUACCUGACCCUAACCCUCAAAAUGUUGCCUUGUAGGACCCGCACCCUACCUUUACCUGUUCACUCUAUACGCUGCUCUGUUCAUGCCUCUGGUUCCAAAACAGGGACUCUUCAGGAGUGUACUUUCCCAGUCUGACCCGCACCCAAGCCGCAAGGGUUGGCCAAAUUUCACCCGAACCCACCCAACAGGUGGUCAACCCACGGGUCACUGUAAGUUUCGGAUCAACCCGCACAUCACUAAUCGAGUCCUCCAUUUAACAGACUGCCUGGCCCCUCUUCAGAACUGAAUGAUGAGCAUUGGCAGUACCUAAGCUGAGACUAUAAUAGCACAAAUUUCAGUUUUCAUUCCAGGUCUAGGUCAGGCUGAUUGUCUGGCAUGUGAUGAUGUGUAUCUAACAAGGUGAACCUCCCUGAGUAAUGUACCCCUUGUGGUUAAAUGUAAGGAUGUUAGAAGUGCUUUUAUACAGGUUAGGUGACUUUUAAUAUCCUCAUAUUUUUACAACAGGGAUUAUAUUAUUAUAUAUAAUGCCCAUGUCUCUGAGUCAUCUGACACAAAUUACAUCACUAAACACUGAAUAUAACCAAUGACAUCACUAAGCAACGUUUAUAAGGAUUCUUUUUUACAGGAUAAUCAUGGCUCUCGUGUACUUUAUAUUACUGGCUGUAAACAGAAUCUCGCCUCAUGAUCCUGACUCCCAGACUUGGGUCUCAUCUGCAAAAUAUUAAUAAACCCUUGUUCGCAAUCUG